AUGUUAAAAAAUUCGUCAGAUUUUCUUGGAGUCAAUUACUAUACUUCUCGCUACGCUGCUCAUAUUCCUCGACCAGCAAAGCCUCGGUUCAAGACUGAUAAUCAAGUCGAAUUGAGAGCGAGGAACCACAGUGGCCACAUUAUUGGACCUGGAUUUGGCUUGCUUAAACUCGACACUGACUCUAAGAAAGCUGGCGGUUCAAGCGGUGAUCUAUGGGAUAUAGAGGCAGAGAAACAAUCUCCUGCACAACCAGAUAUCACUACCACCGGAAAUCAUCUUCAGAGAUAUUGA